CGGGCUGCUGCUUGAACGGACGGAUUUUGAAAAUCUAGUACUGCAGACGGUGUUUCCACGGUUCACCCAUUGAGAGGGCCAGCUUGUUUGAAACCUGCGAAAAGACGCUACUGAUGCCUUCUCGACCAUGUCCUUCAUAUGGUGAAGAGAAAAGAGCCACUAUGCAUCCUAUUCAGGGUGGGGUGUCCUUUGAAGAGGUGGCUGUGUAUUUCUCCCAGGGGGAGUGGGCCCUGCUGCGCCCAGCCCAGAGGGCUCUCUACAAGGAAGUCAUGCUGGAGAAUUUUGGGAACGUGGCCUCUCUGGGAUCGCAGAUUGCCAAACCUGACCUCGUAUGCUGGCUGGAAGAGGAGGAAGAGCUGCUUCCCCUGACCUCUGAUGAAGAGGAGGGAUUGGCAGGCAGCAGCUGUGGUCUAUCAUGGGACGGUGUGCGGGCUGCAGUUACUUCCGAAGGAGGAGCGUGGGAAACGGCAAAUGAGACGAAAGAGCUUCCAGUGGUGGAGAAUGAGUACACAGAUCCCCAUCGGGAAGAAAACAUUGAACAAUCUGCUAAACAGAGGAAAGAGGGGGGAAUAAACCCGCCCAAACAGAGGAAUAAUUCUAAUCUUUUAGCAGAUAAGGAUUCUCAAGAGCAAAAAAUAUUCAAAGACAAUGGGAAUGAGCACACUGCAAGAGGGGAAAACGUUCCUGAAAAAUCAGAUAUUAUUAUUCAAUGGAACACCUAUAACGGGAAGAAAAUAUAUAAAGAUCUAGAGUGUGGGGAAAUGUUUGGUCACAAGGGAAGCCUGAUUUCUCAUCAAAAAAUUCAGACAGGAGAGAAACCACACAAGUGCUUGGAAUGUGGAAAAAGCUUCCGUUGGCGUGGAAACCUUAAUUCCCACCAAAAAAAACACACAGGAGAGAAAGCAUAUAAAUGUUUAGUGUGUUGGAAAAGCUUCAGUCGCAGUCGAGAUCUUACUGUCCAUCAAAGGUUUCACACAGGGGAGAAACCAUACAAAUGCCUAGUGUGUGGGAAAAGCUUCAGUCAGAGUGGAAACUUUAAUUCCCAUCAAAGAACACACACAGGAGAGAAAAGAUAUAAAUGCCUUGAAUGUGGAAAAAGCUUCAGUCAAAGUACAUACCUUAGUUCCCAUCAAAGAAUUCACUCAGGGGAGAAACCAUAUAAAUGUCUUGUGUGUGGUAAAAGUUUCCGUCAGAGUGGAAACCUUAAUUCCCACCAAAGCAUUCAUACAGGAGAGAAAAAAUUUAAAUGCCUGAUGUGUGGGAAAAGCUUCAGAAAGAGUGGAAACCUUAAUUCUCACCAACGAACUCACACAGGAGAGAAAAAGUAUAAAUGCCUUACGUGUGGCAAAAGCUUCAGUGAGAGUGGAGCUCUUACUGUCCAUCAAAGAUUUCACACAGGAGAGAAACCAUAUAAAUGCCUAGUGUGUGGAAAAGGCUUCAGUCAGAGUGGAAACCUUCAUUCACAUCAACAAACACUCACAGGGGAAAAAAAGUAUAAAUGUCUAGAGUGUGGAAAAAGCUUCACUCACAAUGGAGCUCUUACUGUUCAUCAGAGAUCUCACACAGGGGAGAAACCAUAUAAAUGCCUAGUGUGUGGAAAACACUUCCGUCAGAGUGGAAACUUUAAUUCUCAUCAACGAACACACACAGGAGAGAAAAAGUAUAAAUGCUUGGAGUGUGGAAAAAGCUUUGUUCAGAGUGGAUCUCUUACUAUCCAUCAAAGAAUUCACAACGGGGAGAAACCAUAUAGAUGCCUGGAAUGUGGGAAAAGCUUCAGUCAGAGUGGAGCUCUGACUGUUCAUCAAAGAAUUCACACAGGGGACAAACCUUACAAAUGUCUGGAUUGUGGAAAAAGCUUUGGUGAGCGUGGAAAACUCAAGUCCCAUCAAAGAAUUCACACAGGGGAGAAACCUUAUAAAUGCCUGGAGUGUGGGAAAGGGUUUAAAGAAAAUGGAAAACUUACUAUCCAUCAAAGAAUCCACACAGGGGAGAAACCAUAUAAAUGUUUGGAAUGUGGGAAGAGAUUCACUCACAGUGGAGCUCUUGCUGUCCAUCAGAGAUUUCACACAGGGGAGAAACCUUAUAAAUGCCUGGAGUGUGGGAAAAGAUUCAGGCAGAGUGGAGAUCUUACUGUCCAUCAAAGAGUUCACACAGGGGAGAAACCAUAUAAAUGCCCUGAAUGUGGUAAUAGUUUCAGGAAGAUUGGAAACCUUAAGUCCCAUCAAAGAAUUCACAAAGAUAAGAAAGCAUAGAAAUGGUUCUAUUGGAUCCCUAUGGGCAUUCUGGAACGGCAGAGAAAAAACACUUGCCUCUCUGUGAGGACCAGGAUUCAUAGGGAGUACAUUGGCAUCCCUGAUAACACUCGCCAGUCCCAGAGUAGUGCCCAAUGACAUCCUUCUGAGUGGCAGAAACAAGCAGAGCCAACCAGUGCCUGCCUAUGCAGCCAGAGCCCUUGUCCCACCCCUGCCCCACUGAAGCUGUAGAGGACAGGCAGGGAAGACUCAGCAAUUACAAAAACCUGAAAGAGGAGCAUGAAGUCUGUGUCAGGAGCCAAUGCACUCCAGUGCGCCCCCAAAGAUGAGUCCUGUAGGGUUGCCAACCUCCAGGUGGGGCCUGCAGUGCUCCCAGAAUCCCUCCUGAUCUCCCGCCCAUGCAGAUCACUUCUCCUGGAAGAGAGAGCAGCUUCAGAGAGUGGUUUCUAUGGCAUCACAACCUUGUCAUGUUUCUUCUGCUCCUAGAACACACUUGGAUUGCACUAAGGAUCUCUGCUUUGAUGGCCACCCGGGGAGAGGCCAGAGCCUGGCCAGAGAUGGGCAGCUGAUGUUCUGCCCCUGUAACCCUCAGAGGGGAGGAUGGGAUGGCCCAGCUGACAGCCGCACCAGACUGCCCUCAUUUUGUGUGACAUGCCCCUUCAGAGACUCUGCAUGGCACACUCAAAGAACUGUCAGUGCCCUUCCACCCCAAGCCUCCCUUCCUCAUACCUGCCCCACCAAGCUGCAAGGCGUUCCAGAUGCCAGCACUGCUGUGGGGAGCAUCCGUCCAGAGACCUGCCCCCCUUUCACAACUGCCUUUCAGUUCCCCCUUAGGACCAGCCCUCUCCCCAUAUGUCCUGCUACCCUCCAUUUUAUCCCCACAACAACACUUCGUGAGGUAUAUGAGACUGAGUGGCUGUGGCUGGUCUAGCAAGCAAACUUCCAUGGCAGACUGAGGAAUCUGCCUGGGUCUGAUCCCAUUCUGGCAUUCUAACCACUAUCCCGGACAGGGUCUGGCAGAGGAGUAGUUAAUUCCCCUCUGUUUUUUCCCCGGGGGGGGGGUCUUUCCACUCUCGCUGUCUGCACUACCUUUGCACCUGCCUACCUUCAACUCAGUAAACCUUUGCUUCCAUUGCAAAUAGCAGAGGGGUGUUCUGGAGCUAAUCUGGGCCAGGAUGGUGGUCCAAUUCCCUUCAAUUUUGGCCGUUCAAGCCCAACCAUCUUUCUCAUGAGGCCAUUUUGAGGCUCCUAGGUUUAUUUCCUGAUUAAUUAUGCUGCCUCCUUUUAUUAUACGUUUCAUGCCCUAUUUUACAGUGUAAUCCAUGUUUUAAAUUGCUAUUUUUAUAAAUAUCUUGUUGGGGUGCCUAGUUCUGUUGUGGGGUUGAGGGUAACCCUAUGAACUUGGCCCUCUGUUGACAUUUGGGGCGGGGGUGAUAUUUUGUCCCUGUGAGGAAGCUAAGGAGGCAUCUCCAGGGAGAGAAUUUCUGAGUGGAAAAGAGUGAUUACUGAAGAGAGACAGAAGUGAUUUGAGGAGAAUGAGUGUCCUGUGAGAAGUACCAAGAGUAGAACUGGUGGUCAUCAGCAGAAGCAGAACUGAGACAGCCGAGCGGCAUCAAAAGCAAUGCGAGAAAUGUUUUGAGACUGCAGAGAGAAUAGAAAGACUUGGAUCGCCUCCUUGACUUUAAAGAUUUGUGUGCUACUUGAAUUACCCAUCAGUCCUUUUUGAAUAAACCCUCUUUGUAUUUUGAUUGAUAGUUGUGAAAGGUGUUUCAAGGGUCUGGAGGAGUUGCUUUGAACUUGUAUUUUCCUUCUUUCGCCUACUAACUUUAUCCCUUGGUUAUGAGCAGUGGAAGCUGGUGGGCUAAAGGUA